GUCCGGAUUAGUAGCAGAUGCCCUGUCACAGCCUGAGUCACUAGGUUAGGGGGAUUAAAGUUGAUCCAAGGCCGCAGGGAAACCUGAAGGGCUGGAGAGAUGGGAAUUUUUCCACUUGAGAGUGUGGAGAUUAGACGGGAAGGGGACAGGUGGAAAGGUCUUACAGGAAUGCAGAACAGAGGUGACGAGGGCCUGAAUUAGCGUGGGACCUGUGGGACCAGGGACAAACGGGAGAGUUCACAGGAUGGGGGUGAGAGCAGAUCUGUAAUGUCACCAGCUGGGUGGCUGGUGGAACUCCUUGAGACCGGGGACCCAGGAGGUGGAGCAAGCAGCCUGGCUCCCACCAUGAGCGCCGAGCUCAACGUGCCUGUGGACCCCUCCACUCCCGCCUGCUCUGAACCCGGCCACAAGGGCAUGGAUUACCGAGACUGGGUCCGCCGCAGCUACCUGGAGCUGGUCACGUCCAACCACCACUCCGUGCAGGCCCUGUCCUGGAGAAAGCUGUACCUGAGCAGAGCCAAGCUGAAGGCGUCCAGCCGGACCUCUGCCCUCCUCUCGGGCUUUGCCAUGGUGGCCAUGGUGGAGGUGCAGCUGGAGACGCAGUACCAGUACCCGCGGCCGCUGCUCAUCGCCUUCAGCGCCUGCACCACGGUGCUGGUGGCCGUGCACCUGUUCGCCCUGCUCAUCAGCACGUGCAUCCUGCCCAACGUGGAGGCCGUGAGCAACAUCCACAACCUCAACUCCAUCAGCGAGUCCCCGCACGAGCGCAUGCACCCCUACAUCGAGCUGGCCUGGGGCUUCUCCACCGUGCUGGGCAUCCUGCUCUUCCUGGCCGAGGUCGUGCUGCUCUGCUGGAUCAAGUUCCUGCCCGUGGACGCGCGCCGCCAGCCCGGCCCCCCGCCCGGCCCCGGCGGCCACACGGGCUGGCAGGCUGCCCUCGUGUCCACCAUCAUCAUGGUGCCCGUGGGCCUCAUCUUCGUGGUCUUCACCCUCCACUUCUACCGCUCCCUGGUGCGCCACAAAACCGAGCGGCACAACCGCGAGAUCGAGGAGCUGCACAAGCUCAAGGUGCAGCUGGACGGGCACGAGCGCAGCCUGCAGGCCGUGUGAGCCGCGCCCCUGCCCCACCCCCGGCCCAGCCCGGCCCGGCCCGGUGUGGGCGUGGAGCUGCCGGCCCGGCCGCCCCGACACUGCCCACUGCCGCGCCGUUCCAGACCAAAGUCUUACCCCCGUCCUCGCGCCGGGAAGCCCGGCCGGCUGGGCCUCCCGCAGAAGACGGGGACCUGGAGAAGAAAGAGAGAGUCUGUUGCCAACAGCGGAGAACAAAACCGCCCGCGUCCGGGGCCUGGGGAUGCCCUGCGGCGGGAGACGGGCGUCACGGGCAGGCUCGGCGCUCGGGGGAGGGCUGAGGGUUUCAGAGAAGGGACCGCGCCGUGCCACCUGGGGUGUGGGUCUCACGUGCCACCCUGCUGCAAGGAGAUGGGGCGCAGGCCCACAGCUUGGCCUGGUGCUUCCCUCCCCUAUCCUGGGGGGAUUAGGUGGCCGGGCUGACCGGGGAGGGCAGGAGCUGGGGUCCCAGGUCCGCUCAGCGGGCGCGGUGGGCGCUCAGCCGGGCAUCGGACUGGUCUCGUCCCCUGGGAAGACUUCCAAGGACGGAGGCCUGGCCAGGCCAGGAGGUGCAUCUUUGGGCAUCCCAUGAGAGAUGUCCACCUACAGAGACCUUUAACUGGGUGCUCUGGGCACACUGGGCUCCAUUCUCUCUGCCUAGCCAGCCUGGAGCCCUGGGCGUUUUGACCCAGCAGUCGCCAGGUUGGGGAAAGGGCUCACAGUCCAGAGGCCUCCAACUACAAACUGGCUUCUGAGCCCGCGUCAGUGGCUCCUCUAGGCUACAGCUGCCAAAGGCCCUUGCCAGAGUGCGCAAAAUGCUUCCCCUCUCCCCCAGGAGGAGGGAAGACGUGGCCUGGGGGCUUCCUCUCUAGACAAGGCCCAUCGGCCUGACCUGGCCAAACGCCAGGCCUCUCGGCCACACGUAGGGCCCGGCUCACCCAUUUCCACGGCCGCGCAUGUAGGGGCGAGCAUACAGCACCCUGAGCUGCUUUCCAAACCCACGCUUACCGCAUCGGCCCGCUGCAGCCCGACAGGGAGCCUGCCUUGUUUCCGUCAUCGGGGGACGUCGUGCUCUGAGGGCGUCUCUGUGGGGUCUGGGUGGCCCGUGCCGAGAAAUCCCGGCCGGCCUGGCUGUGGCUGCAGGGAACGUGACGUACCAUUGAGGACAUAAACCUUAACACAUAACCAAAAUGCCAUGGGGCUGUCUGUGAGCCAUGCCGGGAGUCGCCGUGGUAAGUCGGGAGGUUAUGGGAGUCCGGACGUCGGGUUCCGUGGAGCCAGACGAGAGCCUGGCGUCGUCCACGGGCGCGGCCCGGCUGUUCCGCAGACCUCUGCCCGUGCUUGCUUGCUGUCUAGUGCAUGUCUGUUCUGUCCCGCAGCCUUGUUGAAAAGGCUUGUGUGGCUUCGUGAGUAUUUGCUUGUGUCAGCGUCGCUGUAAGACGGCUGCUCUGUGUCCUGGCAGGGACUGCACAGGCAGCCUCCUCCCCACAGUGGGGAGUGGGCAGCAGCCGCAUCCUCUAGCCUGAGCCUUCGGAGAGGGGCCGUGCUGGCCUCCCUUCCCUGGGCCAUCAAGUGCCCCUACCCCAAGUGCGCCAGACAUGCCCGGCUUGCCAGACUGGAAAGCACCCCCAGAGCCAGCUGGGAGGCCGGUGGUUAAUGCCUGCUCCGCCGACAGAGCUGCUGGCCUCGCCACCUCGGGCGGGACACUGGGUGACCCAGGACGAUGCCACAUGGGUAGCGAAGAUGCCGCAUCCUGUGUUCUUAAUGCUGCUUAGAACCUUGCUCUUGUUCCUUCGUCUGGAGUGUUCUCCUAGCUCCCCAAGGCGUGGGGCAAGCGGAGUUUCUGCGGGACAGAGAGGACCAUGGGUCUGGGGACUGGCGGUCGGUGUGGAGUCUCAGGGUAGCCCCAGAGCUCUGGGGGAGAGGGGAGGGUCAGCUGGCGUUGGGAGCUGCAGACGCAACUCAGCAGGCAGGCCGGGGGGAGAAGGGAGGCCGACGAUGGGCUGGAAUGGCAGUUUCUGGAGGUUGAACCCGGUCGGGAAGCCUUCCAGGCGCCGCGGCCGCUCGGCGUGAGGUGCCCUGGAGCCAGCGAGGGCCUGGCCUAGUUUCCUCCGAGCGGAGCCUUCCCGGUGCUCCCGAGCGGAGCCCCCGUGGGUACGCUGAGGCCCUUUCCAAAGUGGAGCACGGUCUCCAUUUAGUACCUGGCCAGAACACUCAAGUGUUUCUAUUUUAGAAACUGCGAGGGCAGAGUGGAUUCUAGCGUCUUCUAGGAAAGUCUGGUGGGGCUCAAACCGCGUUGAGUCGGAAUGCUUCAGGGCUCGUGGCGGCGGUCACCUGUCUCGCGCUGAUUGAUUGAUUAUGCACGACGCUGGGCCUCACAUCCGGUGAACAUGACCCCUGGCCUGUGCGUGGGUUUUCCAGUAGUUGCCCGGGAUUGAGCUGAAUAAACAAGUCAAUCUGUGA